UUGGGAAUAGCAGUUUCCAAAACGAGGCUGCUUGAUUGAUAGCGGAAGUUGCGCACGUAUUUUAUGCUAGAAUUUUCUGACAGUAUAAAACGCAGCCGCAGUUUUCUCUUCCGACCCGUGAUUUUGUGCUCAAUAUAAAUGUGUUCUGAAUCAAGCAACAGCGUUUGAAAAUGAUAAUCGUAGAAUGGAUUUCCAAAAUUUAUCACUUCUUGUGUAUUUGACUAUAUUAACUGCAAUUAAUGGCGUGGACGCCAAAAUUGUCAUCAACAGACUACAAAAAGAUGAAUCUAUAUAUCAAGGAAGCUUCCAAUUCGCAGAAAAUCUCAUUUCAAAUUUAAACAACGCGGCAAAAGAAUUAAAAAGUGGCUUGAUAAAAUUCUUCUCUUCGCCAGAUAUUCCAAUUCAAUCUCACCAAAAUGUGACAAAAUCGCGUGUCAAAAGACAGGUUCAACGCAGCAUUGCGAUUCAAUGUUGUGGGGACCAAGCGUGCUCCGAGGGCGCCCUGGCAGAAUACAAACUUUACAAAGGAAGAGAGGUCCCGGUGUACCCAGUGCAGGAGGCCGAGAUUGUCAGCGAGAUGCAAUACACGCGCAGAAUGAAAAAACGGCGGAAAAAGAAAAAGGGUUCACCUACCGACUUGAGCCAGCUGCACGCCUUCGGGGUCUUCACGGACGCUGGAAUCCAUAUCUCCUGCGCAGGGUGUCCCUCGGGGUGGCCCGACAUGCUGACGGUUUAUCCCGAGAUGGAGAUCGGCAUUCCGGUCACUUGCUCGAACUGCCCGUCAAACUGGCCAGGUGCUCUGAAUUUGCUAGGGGUGGGCGGCGAUCCGUCGUGGGCCCAGUCCGAUCCAAACACACGAAUGGCGGGAAACAACUUCAUGGCCUUUGACGCGGGCAGCAAUUUCGGAGGUGGAGGUCUGGCACCGGCGCCACCGGCAAGCAACGUGCCUGAUGCUGAUAUUGGUGGGGGUGCAGAUUAUAACAACAACUAUGACGAAUAUUCUGAUGACACUUCUCCGCGGGAGAGUAGAGCGGGGAAUUAUCGUUUGGUUACUUCUUCAAAACCCUUCCUCACAUUGAAUAACACUGCUUUCGUGUCCGCAUCCGCAACCGAUCAGGCUGCCGAUGAAGGAGAAGAGGAGGGAGAUUAUAAUGAAGAAGAAGAAUAAAAUAUUCUGAAAUAGAAACAAACCAGAAAAAAACUUUUAUACCAUAUUAUAUUUUGGAAUAAGAGAAUUAUUUUUUUAUUAAAAUUCUCUCAAGUAAAAGGUGAUCACUUAC